AUGUCGGCAAAAACCGCACUACCGAAUGCAUCUCCAUCUCCUGCUGCUGAGCAAGUGGCCAGUUUACAGGUUUCUUUGCCUCAAAUGUUGGACCUCGCCUUAGGAACACCGGAAGUUGGAGCGGUGAACUUGAACAUCCUCCACAACUUCCUUCAUAUUUUACUGCAUCGGAUAAAUUUAGGAUCGACCAAAGUUGAGUACCGUGGCGACGAUGCUAAUCGAAUCAAGACGAUGGUAAGUUCCCUGAGAACAGGUCCUUCGCUUUAUCUUCAAGAAUAUAAUAUUAUCGAUGAUUCCGGUAAAGUGAAACAUCGAGUUCGUACCGAUGCUAUAAGUGCGAAAGUGGACGUACUCGUUGAUGAGGAUUUAAAAAAGACAAAAGGCGUCAGGAAGCAAAUUGGUCCUGGGACAGAAGGCGAGUACGAGACUGUGAUCUUUGUAGAACCAGUUGUUGAUGGUGCAACGCCUACAGUUUUGAGUUUCAAACGUCUCGAACAAAAUGUGAAAGAACUUCAACAACGAUUUCAAGCGCUCGAAGACUUAGCAACAACUCCAGAGCUUCUCGAACGACUAAAAGGUAAAGUCACCGAUCCUCUGACCGAUGUUUGGCAAAUUAUCAACAUUACGAAAAGAUUGGACGCUAGUGAACAAGGUAUUGAUAAGUUGACAAAAAUGAUGCAAGAUGUAAUGAAGGGUGACGUAACGCUCGCAACGGCGGACAUGUCGAUGUUCGAAGAAAGAUUAGAGAAUUUGGAAAACGCUUUAAACAAUUUGGAUCACGUCGUGAAGAAUUUACAAUUAAUCUCUGGCGCUGAGCAAGAUGCUGAUGCCGAGGCCGAUGAAAAAGAUGAAGCUCAGCGUGAACACGAAGGAGAGCAGCCGAUAACGAAACGAAUUUCAUUAAGCGAGCUUCUAGGAGGGAUAGACAUCAAAGAAAUGCACAAAGACGUGGCCACCUUACAAACGGAAGUUAGCCAAAUGAAGGAUCAAUUGACAGAUCUGAAUGAAAAGAUUGCUAAGACAGAAACUGACUUUAUAGAACUGAAGAAAAUGACAGAAGCAAAGGGACAAACUGCAGAAACGGACAAGCAACCGAUCGAGGAAGCACGAAAAAAUUUAGAGACAGAGUAUCGCGAGGAAAUAGAGACAGCAGAAGAAUCAAAAGAAACAGAGAACACAGAAUCGCCUAAGAAAGAAACAGAGAAACCAGAAUCGCCUAAGAAAGAAACAGAGAAAACAGAAUCGCCUAAGAAAGAAACAGAGAAACCAGAAUCGCCUAAGAAAGAAACAGAGAAACCAGAAUCGCCUAAGAAAGAAACAGAGAAAACAGCAUUGCCUGAGAAAACACCCGUAGAAUCACCGAAAUCACCCGUAGAGUCACCGAAAUCACCUGUAGAAUCACCGGAAACACUGGAGGAAACAGUAGAUUCCGAAGAAUUACAGGACAUCAGAGAACGAAUUGCAAAAUUAGAGAAGGAUGUGAUUUGCUUGUUCGAGAAAGUGGACAGUGCACCAAUGACUGGUGUCGCAGGUACCGAUAUCGACGAAUUUGUCACCAGGAUCAACUAUAUUCAAACUGAAAUGGAGAAAUUGAGUCAAACCGUGGAUCGUCUGAUCGACGAUCGUGAAUCGCGUGAAAUGCAUCUUAAUGCACUAUUGGAACAGGUGGAACUUUUGAAAACUAUCAAAGCCGAUAGAGAAGAUCUCGAAGAAGCUCUUGCGGACAAAGCCGAUGCUCACGUGAUACAGCGAAAGGUUUCUUACGACCAAUUUGACGCAGCAUGCGACGAUCUUGCUCACGGCCUUGAGGACGCGAUCUAUAAAUUAGGACAGCAGGAAGAGAUCUGGCAGCAAGCUCUGAACGAAGUGCAAAAAGAGAUCGAGGGGAAAGUAGAUAAAAUUGAGAUUUCUCCCCUGAAAGAUUUUGUGCAUCAUCGAUUGAAAUCGCUUCAAGAUAAACUGAAGAAGGUGGCGGAGGCGAGAAAAGAAAUCGAGGCUGCUGGAACUAAAAAGUUACUCAGAGAUGUUCAGUGCAUAUCCUGCGACAAGGAUGUGGUCAUGAGGAUGGAUGCUACCCAUAAAUUCAAAGCGGAGACACUGCCAUGCACUACGAGCAUGAAGCCGUACCUGACCUACGAAUUGGAUCAGGUUAGAAAGCAACACAGAAGAUUACCUCACAGCAGAAAUAUGAUUCAAUUCGAGGCAGCCAUGCAGGAGGAGGCAAAGAAGCAAAAGAGCGCGAGAGACACACUUGUAAAGACUCCUAGAGAUCAUCUGUGCAAUCGAUACUGCGGCGGAAGUCACACGGUCACGACUCCUCAGCAAAGAGUAAUGCGAAUGGGCCAUUUCCUCACUCAGUGGGGACCGGAAAUAAUUCAGUUAACGGAAGGGAUGAUAAAGGGAACGGACGGUAGGAUGUACAAAAGUCGGCGAAUACCAAAUAAAGUCGAUGUCUGCGGGCCUGCAUACUGCAAUGAACGCGGAGACGAGCCUCGAUCAUUGCUUGCGGGAACACCAAGAACGGAAAUAGACGAUCAAGAAUUUCUCGAUACAGAUGAACAUGAUCGUAUUGUGCAGUUCAUCGAAGAAGAAGAAAUGGGAGAACAAGAUUAA